GGUGGGGUACUCCAUUCCAUUAGUAGAGAAUGCCCAGUGGAUUUAGUCUUUGAGAGUCACAUUUCUUAUUUGGAACAGUGUAGACAGAAACAAACUCAGCUCACUUGUUUCCUGGGACAGUUGAGUUGGGGGAUGGCUUUCGCAGAGCACUCACCGCUGACCCCUCACCGCCGGGACCUCUGUAGCCGCUCUAUCUGGCUAGCAAGGAAGAUCCGUUCAGACCUGACCGCUCUUAUGGAAUCUUAUGUGAAGCAUCAGGGCCUGAAUGAGAACAUAGACCUGGACUCCGUGGAUGGUGUGCCAAUGGCGAGCACCGGUCGGUGGAGUGAGCUGACCGAGGCCGAGCGACUCCAAGAGAACCUCCAAGCUUACCGUACCUUCCAUGUCAUGUUGACCAGGCUUUUAGAUGACCAACGGGUGCAUUUCACUCCAGCCGACAGUGACUUCCAUCAAGCAAUACAUACCCUUCUACUCCAAGUUGCUGCCUUUGCUUACCAGCUGGAGGAAUUAAUGGCGCUCCUGGAACUCAAGAUCCCCCCCAAUGAGGCUGAUGGGAUGCCCGUUAUUGUUGGAGAUGGUGGUCUCUUUGAAAAGAAACUGUGGGGACUAAAGGUGCUGCAAGAGCUCUCACAGUGGACAGUGAGGUCCAUCCAUGACCUCAGAGUCAUUUCUUCUCAUCAGACUGGGAUCUCAGCACAUGGAAGCCAGUAUAUUGCUAAUGACAAGAAAAUGUAGCAGUUAGCCCGGCGGGAGUGGCUCAGUUGGUGGAGCGCCAUCCUGUGCACCAAAAGGUUGUUGGUUCGCUUCCCGGUCAGGGCACAUAA